AUGAAUGAACUACACAACUUACUUGAAUCAGAAUCAAUAAAACCAUAUUUAAAUAUAAACAAAUUUGAAGAAAUAGAAUUACCAUUUGAAUACAAUGAGACAGAUCUCGAUCGAAUCAUAAAUGAUUUUACCCAUUUAUCACACCCCAGAUUCCAAAAUAUCAAAUCAAAUCUAAUCAACAAAACCACCAAAUUAGAAGAACCGCAACAACAACAACCGCCUAUACAAAUUCCAUUUAUUUCACCAAGAAAAUCAUACGAAUUAACACAAUUCAAUUGCAAGAUCACUCAAAUUUAUGAAAACACACCUUUUGAGUUCAUUAUUGACGUUGGCGCUGGGAAUUCAAAUUUAUCAAGACUACAUAAACUUCCCACUAUAGCUAUUGAACCCAAUCUCAAGGCACAAAAAGUUAAUAAAAGACUCAAUGGAUUAAUGAAACAUAGUGUAUCAUCGCUGGAGGACAAUCAAGUUCAUUAUACUAAACACUUUGAGUUGAAUGAUGAAGAUACGUUGAGAUUCAUAAGAUCAAGACAAAGAUCGAAUAGCGGUAAACCCAAAUGUUUGAUUAUUGGAUUGGAUACUUGUGGUGAUUUAUCUGGAAACAUCAUAGAUCUUGUGGUCAAAAGUCCAAGUUUCUUAGAUGUUAUUGGUUGUUUAUUCGUUCCUUGUUGCUUCCAUAAAGUUACAAAGUUCAUUUCUUUGAAGUUUAUGGAGCAUGAUGUUAAUUUUAAAGUAUUUGGAACUUCAGAUCUACGAGCUUUAGACAAUCAAGAGAUUAUUAAAAGGUUUGAAGUUGAACAAGACAGAUCAGUUCAUAAUGCUUGUGGAAUUUUCAUUAAAUGGUGUUUUGUUUAUGGAUUUUUAAGUCAUGUCAUUGAAACAUUGGUUAUACAAGAUCGAAUAGAAUUAUUAAAAGAACAUAACCAUCAUCCGAAUAUUGAUAUAAUUUUCCAUUUCGAUAAAAGCUCAAGGAAUAUUGCAAUUAAUUGUACUACUUAA